GUGAGCUGAAGUCAUUCCCACUCAGUAAGACCACCAGUGCCGCCCUCAAUAUAUGUACAGUCAGUCCUCCUGUGAACACCAAGGAGAGAGGAAGUCUGUGGCGAGUAGGCGGAAGAGUCACGCAGUUUACCAGCAAGAAGAGCGAAGUGUGUUCAGCUUGCGGCGGCGGAGCGGAGGGUCAAGGCAAUGGCAAGCCAGCUGGAUGGUGUCUUAAGCCAGCUCGGUACCGGGAAAUGGAACUUGGUGCACUUCACGGCUCUGGCUUACUGCGUGUCGCUGCCCUGCUACCACACCCUGGCAGGUCCCUUCCUCGCCCCGAAAGUUGACUACCAGUGCCUGCCCGGCGCCUCAGACCCCUCAGUCCCUCUGGCUUCCCACGUCACCACGCAGGACUCGUGCAGCUACUAUGUGAAGGAUCCCUCCAGAGAGGAGCCCCUGGAGCGUCCCUGCAAACGAUGGUCCUUCGACAACUCCACCUUCGUCUCCACCGUCACAUCAGAGUUCGGGUUGGUGUGCGGGAUGGAGUACCUGCGCGCUGCCUACACCAGCAUCUACAUGUUCGGCGUGAUGGUGGGCGCGCCUCUCAACGGACUCCUGGCGGAUAAAUACGGAAGGAGGCCCACCAUCACCAUCGGUUCAGUGGUGUACGCGGUGGUGGCCCUGGCAUCCUGCUGGCUGCCCUCCCUCGUCUCCGUGCUCAUCUCGCGCUUCCUGCUGGGCACGCUGCACGCCACAAUCCUCAAAACGGGAUACAUCCUCGCCAUGGAAGUGUCGUCGCCAAGGGUGCGGCCUGUGCUGGGUAUCUUGCUGUUCCUGCCGUGGGCUCUAGGCACCAUGGCGUGGGGCGGUGCGGCGUACCUGUUGAGGAGCUGGCGGUGGCUGCAGCUGUCCGUGUCCCUGCUGUUCCUGUUCUUCCUGCCGGCGCUGCUGCUGCUGGAUGAGUCCCCGCGGUGGCUAGCGGUGCGCGGCUACCACACCCAUGCCCUUGCCGUGCUGCAGAGAGCCGCUAGAUGGAACCGUGUCGCCCUGCCGCCCCGCCACCGCCUGCUGCAGAUCAUCAAGGACAGCCAGGAUGAGCAGAGCAAUGUAUCAUCCCAUGGGCGAGGCGUCACUCCCUGCAGAGGUCAGUCGCUGAUGGACACCUACCUGUGCCAGCUGUUCAUCCUCCUCCGGACGCCACGGCUGCGGGUUAUCACGCUGGGCAUGUUCUUCGACUACUUGGUGGUGGGCAUGGUGUACUUCGGGCUGUCGCUGAGUGGUGACCACCUCAGCAGCAACCCCUUCCUGUACAUGGUGCUGACUGGCCUGGUGGAGGUGCCCGCAUACACCCUCAUGGUGCCCGUCGUCACCAGCUACGGCAGGAGAAGCACCACCAUUGUAUUCUUCCUCUUCAGCGGCAUCAUGCUCCUCCUCCUGCCCUUCAUUCCUAACGGCUGCGGAUGGGUGGCAGUGACCCUGGCGCUGGUAGGCAAGAUGUCCAUCUCCUCGGUAUUCCAGAUACUGACUCUGUACAGUUCAGAGCUAUUCCCGACGGAAGUGAGGAUCCGCGGCACAAGCAUGGCCUUCAUGAUGUCCCGCGUGGGCUCCAUGACAUCACCCUUCAUCACAGACCUCUUGGGUUCCACCAACUCGUGGACGCCCUCAGUGGUGUUUGGGGUGGCGUCAUUCCUGGCGGGCGUGGUGUCCAUGGUGCUACCCGAGACUGGGGAUACCUCGCUCCCGGACACCAUCAAGCAGCUGGAAGAGAGAGGCACCGUGGAGGGCUAUAGGAAACUAUUAUGGGUGAUGGCUUCUGAUGUCUCCAGCGGGUGGCCAUGCGGUGGGCGUGGAGAGGCCGCCCAUCGGGAACCUGCCCUCCUGCACUCCACACACCUCCCCGCUCACUCGCUCCACACCAUGCAUAUCCCCGCCCAUCCACUCCAUCCGAUUCAUCCAUCUGCCCUUUCCAACGAUCUACCAGCGUAUUGUACUUUCGAGCCCAUUAAUUCCAGACACUCCACUCCUGCAUCCAUCCACACAUCCACCCACGCAUCCACUCCAUCCACCUUGCCCGCUGACGACGAGAAAUUACCCACCGUAUGAGCAUAGCAGGUUCUUGCC